AUGACAGCGCUGCACCUCACACUGUAUGGUCAGAAAUCCGAAUUUGGGAAGCUUAUUCGUUUUCAAGACUACCAGAAUGACAGAUUUUCUUGUUUGGACGCCUACCUGCUGACAUCUAAGAGCUCGACAUUUACUGAUGCCACUAAAUUGAUUUCGAAGAUGGAAAGGCACUCAGUUCAAGCUAGCACGGGAGCAGGAAGUGAGGUGGACUCUCCCACUGUUGAUUUGAAGUCCUCCAGCUUUAAAGACUUUUGUCCCACAUCUUCACUUCAAGAUAGUGGCUACAGUGAGUUAUUAAAAUCUUGCAGAUUUGAUAAUGCAGAUAAAGAAUUUUUUGGAAAGAAAGAAGAAGGCCCAGCAUUAAUCCAUGAACACCCUGAAACUUCAAAUCUGGGCUUAAUACAUCCUUUAAAGUAUCCCACUCAAGAAAAGAGAUUUAUCUUCCCUUGGAAGGAAAAGGAGAAAACCCCAGAACUUUGUGAAACUCCUAAAGUCAGUGGAAAAAAAUUUUUACCACGCAGAAGGUUGAAUCUAUCUUUUGCUCUUCUACAGGGGGAAUUUGAAUCACAAAAUCGUUCUCUAGAAAGUAGUGUAAGCCAAGUUCUCCGUGAAGAAAAAAAUAUUCCAAGCAGCAUUUCAGGGUUCCCAAGGCAAAAUAAUUUUAGUCCUUUAGUUACCAGCACUUUAAAAACAGAAGAAGCUACUUCCAGCAGUCAAAAAUUGAGACUUAAUUUUUCACAGCAGAAGACUUCCACAAUAGAUGAUUCCAAAGGUGAAUGUAGCCUGUUUGAAGUUGAAUGUAUAUCUCCAAUUCAGGGCAAUAGUUUUAAAGACUCUGUCACACAUGACUUCAGUGAUAGCAGCUUAAGUGUUAAUGAUGAGAAUACAUAUCCUGAACUUCUGGGCUCUGUUAGUGGAAGAACUUGUGGAACAGAUGAAGACAUAUUUGUGACUCCAGUAAGUAAUCUUGUUGCAAACAUUAAAUUUAGUGCAAGUAAAACACUUUCUCCUUCAACUCAAGUGAGAGACAAUGCUUCAACACCUGAAGACAGUGGUUUUAAUUCACUCAGCUUGGAUAAAUCAGAAGAUUCCCUCUCUGAUCAGGAGGGUUCUUUUCAAGAGCUACUUCAGAGACAUAAGGGAACCCUCAAAGUGGGGGACACCAUAGGAAAGUCAAGGCAUCUUGGAAGGUUGAGAAGACUGUCCACCCUUCGGGAGCAAGGCUCACAGUCAGAGACAGAAGAAGAAAAGCAGAUCAACCACUCUGAGUCUAAAACCGAAUCAGCAGCUGCUUCAGAAAUCUCCGAGAGUCAGCUGAGCUGUGACAGUAAGACUGGGGACUUGAUUUUAAGCUUUGAGAAUUUAUCAAAUACCCCAGCUCUGCAGUUAGUACAUGAGCUCUUUGUGAACAGCAAAAGGAAAAGAUUCCAGCAACAUGGUGCACAUGAAUUCCUGGGAGAAAUGGAUGGGGGGAAAAUAGCUGUACUGCAGUGUGUGCUUGCAGGACUGAUUGGCAAGAAAAUGGGUAUAGAAAAACUGGACAUCUUAACAGAAUUAAAAUACAGAAACUUAAAGCAUAUUCUUGCUAUGGUUUUAGAGUCCUUGACUGCAGAAAGCCUAUGCAGUGUUUGGAGAGUAAGCAGAAAUUGGCGUGAAAUUGUUAUUCAAGAUAAAAAAGCAAAUCGGAGGAGAAAAUUUUAUAUCACACAAUUGAAAACAGAUUCUGAGGGGGCUCUAUUAAAUGUUGAGGAUGCUGCAACUCGGGUCCAUCUUAUAAAUCGAUCAGCUUUAAGAUCUGUGCAAGCGCAGGCUAGGACACCAGGUUCUCAGAGAGAACAAGUUCCAACGUUAUCUCCUUGGGGAGAAGUUUUGACACCUAUAGCAAGUUCUUCUGUUACUCCCCUAAGUAGUAAGCAGGAAGAAUAUGUUAAGGUUGCCAAAACACUUUUUAUCGAUGAAGCAUUAAAACCUUGCCCAAGGUGCCAAUCCCCUGCUAAGUACCAGCCAUAUAAGAAAAGGGGACUGUGUAGCCGCACAGCCUGUGGCUUUGAGUUUUGUGUGUUAUGUUUGUGUGCUUAUCAUGGGUCUGAAGAAUGUAGUAGAGGAGCAGCAAAGCCAAGGAAUAGAAAAGAUACUCUUCCAGGAAGUGCCCAGAGUAAGCGGAAUUUAAAACGCCUCUAAAGAGACUUUCAGUAUAAAGAAGCACUCCCCUUACGCAGUGUUUUAUUUGCCUGACGUAAAAUUAUGAGUAUUUUGAAAACAUGCAAAU